AUGGAUCCGUCAUCGUCGAGUGGGUUUGGGGUCCCAGGAUUCGUGGAUCCAGAGGAGGACAACGCCAACACCAUAGGUUUUGAUUUCUUCUCCCAGCUAGAUUCCAUGCCUCCGCCUUCCAAUGCUGCAGAUCACAAGCUUUUAAUACUGAUGAGGCUUGUCAUAAAGCUCCAUGUGAUGUUCCAAACUUUUAGUGAACCACUGUCUUUAGGAGUCAAGACCCUGCUUGAAUGGCAAGUAUCUGAAAGUCCAGUGUUCAAGGGGGACUAUGUGGAAGAUGCAAUCAGUACUUUGAGUAGUGGCACACUUUUUGGUGCACCGUACAAAGAGGAGUUGUAG